AUGGAAGAGGGUGCAACUACAAGAAGAUUCGAAUUGUUAUGCGUAUUCAUGCUGAGCUUCGGCCAACUUUGUAUAAUGACUGGAUAUGAUUCUCAAUCAUUCAUCCUCGAAUCAGUUAUUCAUUCGAUUCACGAAAGAGAACCUGAAAAAAUCAGCGUGCAUGCAGGAUAUUAUGGGUGAGAUGAAAAACAAACUAGUGCUAAUACAUUUAUACAAAAUAUUUCAGACAAGCAGUGUGCUAUUUGACAUAUGUUCUUACUUGUUUUGUAUCACCGUCUUUUCUUUACGCAACCAGUGCCAAAACAACUCUUCUAAUCUCGGCAAUUUGUUUCACUUCAUUCCCAAUUGGAUUCUUGUUCACCAAUUCAUAUUAUUACUAUUUCUCGAGUGCUGUUCUAGGAGUAGGAUUUGCUCUGUAUUAUACUGGAAAUGGUGGAUAUAUGACUUCACAUUCAACAAGACAAACAAUUGGCUCAAAUGUAUCAAUGUCUUGGGGUUUUGGAUGUUGUUGUAUGAUGAUUGGAUCAAUUAUAAUGGCUGUUAUUACAUCUUUAACUGCUAAUGAAACAGAAGUAGCUGUAGUUGCUUCUCAUCAUGUUCAAAGAAAUUUCAGUGAUUCUGAAAUGUACUGUGAUCAUUAUUUUUCCAAUUAGCUGUUCACAAAUAAUUUUUCCAGUUAUCUUCUGUUCUCUUCUUUUGCUGCAGCUUCAAUGGUUGCUGUCUUUACUUUCAUAUUGAUGCCAUCAAAAGAUGUUUCAAAUUGUAUUGAAAGUAGUGAGAAACAAGUUGAAUUUAUGGAAGGAAUGAGAUUGAUGAAAAAAGCAUUGAUGUCACCAAAAAUGUUCCGCCUUGCUCCAUCUUUUUUGCUUUGCGGUAUCCAUACAUCGUUUUGGCUUUCUGUUUAUCCAACAUCGUUGAUGUUCAACACCCAUAAUGCUUCAAUGAUCUAUCUUCCAGCAAUAUACUGUUUUGCAGUCGGACUUGGUGAAACAUUGAGUAAGUUAACUAUGUAGAGAGAUAGGAUAACUUGAUAUUUUUCUAGUGGGUGUUGUCAUUUCCACAAUGAGCAAACGUAUCGAAGAUUUCGGCCUUCGUCCAACAAUGUUGAUUGGUUGCUGUACUACAAUUAUGUAUUGUAUUCUUGCUCUUUUAACAACUCCAUAUAAUGCAACAACUACUCCAACUACAAUUGAACCUCUUUUAUGUCAACCAACAAGAAUAUUCGUAUUUAUUGUUGGUUUGAUUGCUGGAAUCAGUGAUUGUUGUUUCUGUAGUGUUCGAUCAAUGAUUUGUGCAAUUGCAAUGCCAUCACGAAGAGCACAAGCUUUCUCUGUUUCGAAGAUUUAUCAAUCUUUAGGAACCUGUGUUAUUUUCUUCAUCAGUCCAUGGCUUAACAUUUAUCAUUAUACAAUUGGACUUCCACUUCUUUGUGUGUUUUCUGGAAUUUUCUUUUUCCGUGAAGCCAAACGAACAAAAAUUAUGGAACGUAAGAUCACAAUGGAACUUGAAGCUGCUGCAAAAAGAAAGCUCACAAUGGAAUUAGAAGCUGCAAAACUCGAAUUCGAAUUGAGAAAUUCAACAACAAAGACUAUUGAUAUUGCAUAG